ACACUAGACAAAAUAUAUAGGCCUAUUUAGCAGUUUAAUAAGAGCAGCUAAUCCUACUUUAAAGACUAUAAGAACAGUGGUUCUACAUUAAAAAUACAACAAUAUAAGUUUAAAAUAGCCUAUAAACAAUAGUGAAGCCAAGAGAAACGUCAUGUUUCCUUUUGCCGCCAUUCCUUCAGUCCCAUUAGUAAAACAAAAAUAUUGAAAUAUCAUCCUCUAUCCUUAUUCCUCAAGUCCAUGCACCGACAAUUAAAAUCCCCCAGUACGAGUAAUGCCUUCACCUCAUCCUGGAUUAGAGAUUUACUGACCGCUGACACGUGUGGCUCCUCGGUUCUUCCCGUCCCAGAUUCCCCGAAAACCUGCAGCCACAACGACAACUAAAAACCCUGAAGAAUAUCUGAAGAAAACGCGAUAUCAAUGGACCAGAGAGAGGGUCGGCCGCUAAGAGGAUCAGUCCAGAAGAGGUGCCAGCUGGAAUUAAAGCAUUCGUGUACACUGAGAAGUGUCGGCUCAUCAUUUCAGUAACACCUGUCCCGCUGGACGGACGAGAGCUGACCUUAUGAGUGACCACCGGAUGGAGGAACAUGCCCACAGGUCCAGGUUAUGACCACACAAGUGUCCCGCAGUAAUGAACUCAUCUCCAGCUAUGGCACCGUCUUCUCCGGUCUUGUUUUCACCGUCGCUCGCCCGGAGGCCCCCAAGUCCCGGCCGGAGACCCAACACAAAUUUCAGAUCGGCCUCUCCGUCCAUCAUGACUUCACCCAAACUGUGGCAGAAAGCCGCGAUUUCGCGUUUGGCGGAGGAGUUUUUCUGGAUAGGGGGAAGCAUCGUCGCCUCACCAAAGUGGAGAAUGGGCCAGAUUGUGGAGAGAUGCAUGUGCAACAUGCAGGCCGGCUCUCAAAUGAUCAAACUGAGAGGAAAAUCCAAGGCUCUGGUGCGUCUCUUUUAUCUAGAUGAGCACAAGUCCUGUAUCCGCUGGAGGCCUUCAAGGAAACAUGAGAGAGCAAAAAUCACCAUAGACUCUAUCCAUGAGGUCUGUGAAGGAAUGAGAACCGAGGUCUUUAGGCGAUUUGCCAACAAUAACUUUGAUCCAAACUGCUGCUUCAGUAUUUACCACGGAGACCACGUGGAGUCUCUUGACUUGGUUUCCACCAAUGGAGAAGAGGCACGGACCUGGAUCACUGGCCUUAAAUACCUCCUGGCAGGCAUCAGUGACGAGGACAGUCUGGCAAAAAGGCAACGCACACGAGAUCAAUGGUUGAGACAGACCUUUUCAGAGGCAGACAAAAAUGGAGAUGGAAAUCUGAGCAUUGGAGAAGUCCUGCAGCUGCUUCACAAGCUCAACGUGAACCUCCCAAAGCAGAAAGUCAGAGAAAUGUUCCAGGAGGCUGACACUGAUGAAAACCAGGGGUCAUUGACAUUUGAGGAAUUCUGCACCUUUUACAAACUGAUCUCAACACGACGAGAUCUUUAUUUACUGAUGAUCAGCUACAGCAACCACAAAGAGCACCUGGACCUGAACGACCUGCAGCGCUUCUUAGAAAGCGAGCAAAAGAUGGUAAAUGUGACCAAAGAAUACUGCAAAAUGAUCAUUAACCAGUUUGAGCCAUGUUCUCAAAACCAAAGUCAUGUGGUGCUGGGUAUUGAUGGUUUCACCAACUACAUGCGCAGUCCUGCAGGAGACAUUUUUAACCCAGAACACUACCAAGUAAAUCAGGACAUGACCCAGCCGCUUACAAAUUACUACAUCGCGUCUUCGCACAACACUUACCUGACUGGAGAUCAGCUGCUGUCUCAGUCUCGGGUUGACAUGUAUGCAUAUGUGCUUCAGAUGGGCUGUCGCUGUGUGGAAGUUGACUGCUGGGAUGGUCCUGAUGGUGAACCUAUUGUGCAUCAUGGAUACACGCUUACCUCAAAAAUCCUCUUUAAGGAUGUUGUUGAGACAAUCAACAAAUACGCAUUUGCCAAAACUCAAUUCCCAGUGAUACUCUCUAUAGAGAACCACUGCACUGUGCCUCAGCAGAAGAAAAUGGCUCAAUACCUCAUGGAAGUGCUACAGGACAAAGUGGACCUGUCAAACAUAAACACAAACGAGUCCAGACGUCUGCCAUCUCCAGAGGAUUUGAAAGGCAAAAUACUUGUCAAGGGCAAGAAACUGCCAGCAAACAUUGACGCUGAUGCUGAUGAAGGGGACGUGUCUGAUGAAGACAGCGGAGAAGAGGAUGAGGAGGAAGAGCUGCAACUUAAUGGAGAUACCACAGAAGGAGCGCCAGAGUCUGCAUCGGCAGAUGAAUCAAAGAAACGCUCACGGAGGAAGUUCAUGGGCAGCUUCAGGCGCAAGAAGAAAAAACAGGUCAAGGUAAAAAAGAAACCCAUCGUGAGUGACUCUGAUACUGAACCAGAGAUCACAAGCACUAACGAUAAACAGGUCAUCAACUAUGGCAAACGAAGAAAAACCAUGCGACUUUCUCGUGCCCUCUCUGAUCUGGUCAAAUACACCAAGUCAGUGCGUGUUCAUGAUAUCGAAACGCAAGCAUAUAUGUCCAGCUGGCAAGUGUCCUCCUUAAACGAAAGCAUAACCAAUCAGAUUCUCCAGCUGAAGCCUGCGCAGUUAGUUCGAUUCAAUCAACGGCAACUUUUACGAGUUUAUCCCUCCAACUACCGUGUGGAUUCAAGUAACUUCAAUCCUCAGCCUUUCUGGAACGCAGGAUGCCAUUUAGUCGCUCUCAACUAUCAAACAGAAGGCCGUAUGCUGCAGCUGAACAGGGCCAAAUUUGCGGCGAAUGGAAACUGCGGCUAUGUGCUGAAGCCAAAAUGCAUGUGUAAAGGUGCCUUUAAUCCAGUGCUGGAAGACCCUUUGCCUGGACACAGGAAAUCUCAGCUAGUGCUCAAGAUUAUUAGUGGCCAGCAGCUGCCCAAGCCAAAAGACUCUAUGUUAGGGGACAGAGGAGAGAUCAUAGAUCCCUUUGUUGAAGUGGAGAUUAUUGGAUUGCCCAUUGAUUGCAAUAAACAACAGACAAGAGUAGUGGAUGACAAUGGUUUUAACCCCACGUGGGAGGAGACUCUAGUGUUUACGCUGCACAUGCCUCAGAUUGCCUUAGUACGCUUUAUGGUUUGGGACCACGAUCCAAUUGGACGAGACUUUAUUGGACAGCGAACUAUAUCGUUUAAAAGCAUGAUGCCAGGUUAUCGACAUGUCUAUUUAGAAGGCAUGGAAGAAGCGUCAAUAUUUGUUCAUGUUGCUGUUAAUGACAUCACAGGAAAGGUCAAAUCAAGCAAUGCAGUGAAGCAGCUAAUCCAGAAAAACCUUAUGCAGACCUCUGAAGAUGGCACACGAAAGUCUUUCGCUCCAAACUUCCUCCGGAAAAGUGGGAAGAACCAAUCGAAAGUGGUGAAGGUCGAAUGCUACACCAAAGAGGACUUUCUCAACAGACGUUACAGUGAUGAUGUGAGCUCGAAGGACAGCAGGAGCACCUCCCAGUCUGCAUCUUUACUCAGAGGAGCUCAAAGCGAACCCCUCAAAAGAGCCCAUAGGGUCAGUUUUCAGGAGCCAGAAGGAUCUCAUGAGCCGCGGCGCCGCCUCUCCUCCAUCCCAUACACUGGUGGAGCAGCGGUGGACUACACCAACUUAGCAUUCGACUCACACAGCAGCUCCGAACUGGACAUUCAGACUUUUUCACACCUUGAGGACAACACAGAGUCAAAACAAAAUGAUUCUCUUUCAUCUAAACUAGAGUUUGAGUCUACAGACAUACCGAAGAGCCCCGCUUCAACACUCAAUGAACAGUGCUUGUCCAGGCAGAUCUCAGCAGCUAAUGAACAUUCAGAACAAAAACCUGAGAUGUCCAAAAUGAUCCAUUCAGUACCUGACCCCUUGAAUUUCCACCCAAUACCUGAUGGAGUACUAGAUCCUUCUAGGGGAACAUUAAACACGUUGGUGCCCCAGAAUAAAUUCAGAUCUUCUCUAGAUGCUAGGCUUAACCCUCGGUGGCAGCCGUUGUCAAUCCCAGCGACCCCAGCACUAAACAGACGCAUGAAUGAUAAAGGCACGCCAAAUUCCCUAUUGAAAGGAUGCAGAUCACAAAGCGUGCCAAGACGGCGUCCCACCUCUCCUCCAAAUACCCCUGGUCACAUAAGGAGAGACCCCAUCAACCAGUAUUUUCUCCCACAGUGCAGUUACACCACAGCAAACGACCUCGUUCCUAAUAAUCACAACAUCGCAGAGAGUGAAUCAAGCAGCCUAAGUAGUUUGGACAGCCUUGACCUGAGUACUCUGCCAUGCCGUUUCCCUGACAACCAGCAGCAGACAAUGGGCACACUGCAGAGGGAAAUGAAUGCCCUGUUUGAGCAGAAAAUACAGGAGAUUCGCUGCCAUUCGCCACUGUUUUUCAGAGAUUCUUCAACAUUGUAGAAAAAAAUGCACUUGAAAGCAUACAGAAUAAAGAUGAAUUCUACACCACAGCUACUGCGACGGAUGUGGACAUAUGCAACUGGAAGAAAUGCAAUUGUGUAAAAGAAAUAUAAAUAUUUGUAUUUUGUACAAAUGUCGUCUUGUUUAAAACUUAGGGUUUUAAUGUUUACAUAUUUAAAGGGCCAUGAAACGCGUCAGGAUAGUGGGUGAGUUAUCAUUGUUUAGGUGGGAGUGUCGAGUGGUGAAAGAGGGAAGUGUUUACAUGAAAAGGGAAAUUUCGGUAUUCGCAUGAGCUGAUUUUCACAGUAGUAACACAAACACAGCCAUAGGAGAGAUAGACAGUGAUUCGGAGAGCAUACAGUGGAUCUGAGAGCUGUGUGAAAGUGGAGGAUAUUCAGUCCCUAAUAUUGUAGUGAUAUUACUGUAAACUUAGUAAGUAUAUAAUUUUGACUAAGGUAUGUCUUUAAAAACUGAAAGAGUUCUGCUUAUGAUACAAACUGACUUUGCCAUCUAACGGACAUAAACAAAGAACACUGAUCACACACUUACCAGAUCUGUAGAAACAGGACAAUCAACACAGACUGGAGCCGCAUCUUUUUGUAAAAGAAGACAAGUGGCAAAUUCUGAUUUUACCAUUUCCAGAUGCAAAAAGGUCUCAUGUAAAAAAAAAUAAUAAUAAUUUUUUGGUUGCGUGUUAGCAGACCACUAUAAGAUCUACGCGCGAGCUGUGCUCUCAUUGCGGGGAAAUUGAAACAAAACCUUUGUUGCGACACAUAUAAAAGCAACACUGACGAUCCAUGCCUCCUAACAAUUCUUCUUCUUCUACUUGUUUGGAUUACGGUUGGCAACAGAAUGUUGCAUCUCUCUGAAUACUAUAACAGGUUAAAGGAGUCUUCGAAACUAUAUCAUGCCUAUUAAUAAAGUUGCGUCUCAUUCACAAUAGAGUGCACUGAUUGAUUUGAACCAAGUUUUUCUAAUGAAUUAAUGAACAGAUGUGCUGAAAACUCAUUGACAUCACUUUGUACCAGCCGGUACAGACAGCCAAUCUCCAUGCUGGAAUUUAUACAAUGAUGGCAUCGCCAUGACGUUGCUUCAAAAGUUCUUUUUAAAUCGGAAGAACGAAUUUGCUCAAUGCAAAAACAACCAAUUUUUACCUUUUAGUAAAAUAAACUUGUCCUAAUAGUGUUUUUAGCCAUGUGGGACAUAUAUAUAUAUGACUGUCAACAUCUCAAACCAUGUGUGUUGUUGUUCCGUGACCCUUUAAACGUACAACUUUUGCAUCUGGAAAAUAGACGACAACAUUGUUUAAGCAAUCUAUGUUUUCAUGGCAGCUAAAAGCGCUGCAUUAUGCAUGUCAGGCCAUUAGUUGGCGAUGAUACUUUGUGUAGAAGCACUACACACCAAAGCGCAUACGGUCCUGUAGUCCAGUGCUGUUGUUUAGACUCUCUAGUACUUUUACAGAAACUUUUACCAUGUUUUUUACAGAGUUUUACAGAAAUUAUCAUUUUAUUGUUAAAAGCUUGCACUUUGAAACCCAGCUCCAAAAUGUCUUUUUAGAAAAUGGUUGUGUAAAUGAAUAUCCAGAAAGCGUAACCAUGUCUGAAUGCUGGAAAAGGUAUUGUAAAUGUUCAUGCCGCCAUAUUUCAUGUAUUCACAUUUUAUAGUUUUUCUAAAAAGCAACCUAGAAUUUUACAUUAGAGCUGCUUCUGAAAUUGCACGUGAGUAUUUGAAGUAUGUUCUAUAUAGUAUGAAUGCGAGUAGUAUGAACUCACAGACUUUUGCAUUUAUUUUCAUUUGAAUUGUAACCCAGCAGGCACACAAUGUCAUAAGACGUUAAUAUUAGGUUAGA